UGCAAGAGCGUCGCGACGCGCACUGACGUCACAGCGCCAUGCCAACCCGAUCCGACGACAGUCCGGUGGAAAAUAUUUAUUUUCGUUCGCUCGUCCGCGGAAAACUAAGCUGAUUUGGAGCCGAAAUCGUUGAAAAAUUUCAAGGAAAUUCUUUCGCAAUUGUGUUAAGUGACCGCUCUACAAGGGGUUCGAGUGAAACUGGAAUAUUUAACCUGUAGGAGACCCGGUGAGGGUGCAAAGUUGCAUGAGUAACCCGUGAUGUUGCGAAGCUGUUUAUGUUGUUUGUCGCCGAAUUAAUCAGCACUAGAAAAACGGAAAUGUGUAAGGGUGUAAAACGGUUUUCGGUAAUAAGACUAGUGAUGUUAGAUUCAAAAUGAAGAAUCGCUAUCAGUGGCCGCUUUAGUGAGGUGAUCAAUAGAAUGAACGCGAUUUGAGGUGAAUUUGAGUGAACAUUCUCCAUCAUGGGAAAUUCGUGCAGUAGUGGGCAGGGCCACAAAGACAAAGAUAAGGACAACAUGUCGCAAAAGUCUGAAGAAUCGGCUAGUUACCAAGUUCGCACAUCGGUUCAUUCGGAAAAGCAACAAUCCCUUCUCAACCAUAUCGGCCCACAUAGUGGAGUCAUUUUGGAGCCAAAUACAGCGGGACAACAACCCACACUGCCCAUGUCCAGUGGACGCUAUCCGCCCACUGAUCUGAAGAACCCCAGCUUGGCCAAACUUAUAAAAGGAACUUCAGAUUCAAUGUCAAUAUCUUCGCCUCUAAGUCCCAAAGGUUUUGAGAAGCUGACUGAAGACGUUCCCAAAGAGGUGUCCAGCCUAACAGAAAACCUCCAGCAUCUUAUAAUGGGAAGAAUAGCGCACGCCAAAACAUCGUUAAGAAGCAGGAAAAUAGUGAUUUAUGUAUGUGCAGCCGAUUCACAAGAUUGUACAGUAGAAAAAGGGGCUCUACACAACAUGGUCUACCCCACAUUACGCCAAUAUUGCAGAUCAAGGGGCUACGAACUGCACAUUGUAGAUUUGCAUUGGAAAACCCUUCUGGAAAAGCAGCAGGAUCACGAAUUUCCUGAGCUCUGCAUUGGAGAAUUGACCAGGCAAAUCGAAGUGGCGUAUGUAAUCCCGGUCUUGUUCCUCAAUAAUUCCCUGGGAACUCAACUUUUACCCAUCACGAUUGAGAGCUCCGAUUUUAAGAUGACUCUUGAAAGUGCUAAUAACCAAACGGCGCAAGGAUUACUAAGGAAAUGGUAUAUGUUAGACAGCGACGCUCAACCACCCUGCUACAGACUGCGACCAAUCGGAUGCCACAUUCCAGGCUUCAACGAAAGCUCCCUAGAAGAUCGAGAGAAAGCUUUCGAGGAAUGGGCCCACGAAGUUGACAAAAUGUUGGCUGUGCUUAUCAAAGUGUUUUCCGUCGAAUUGAGGGACUCCUAUUUAACGACGGUUGUUGAGCAAGAAGUGCACAAUACGGUCUUUAUGAGUCAGGAGAUGGCAAAACGCUGCAUUUGGAUGAAUCGGGUGUACACCCCGACUCCCAAGACGCCCGAAAACCCCAGUCCGGGAGAAGAGGAAGCUAUUCGAAGACUUAACGCGCUCCAGAAGGAUCUCAGAGAUCAACUCACAGAAAAGCAUAUUGUUCGAAUACAAGUGAAAUACUCAGAAAACGGUCUCAACCUGGACAUUCCCGAACACCAAGACUACAUUUCGACAGUAACUACUCAUCUGGAAAAACAGCUGCACAACACUAUUGAUUCCAUUAUUGAAGAACACACAAGCAAAUGCAUGAUUCGGCCCAGCUACGGUAUCGAGGCGAGUUUGUUUGAGGAACUAAAUCAGCAGACUUAUUUCUGCCAAAAAGCGUCUCAAUGUAGUAUGAACAGGGAAAGAACUAUUGAGGAAAUUCACUCUUACAUUACAAGUGACCGAACUCACCCUGUAAUAAUAGUGGGACCCAGCGGUUGUGGUAAAACUACCCUCUUAUCCAGAAUAGCCGUGCACUGUCCGACUAAACUACCCGAAUCAUUCCUGGUUCUGAGAUGCAUUGGAAUCAGUGCACAAAGCAACACAUUAGAGCAACUUCUCAGCUCAAUUAUGAACCAAUGUUCCAUACUGGUUUAUGGACAUCAAAGUUUCUGCGCUCACAGCAUGGACGAAUACAAGAGGGUUCUGCCAAAUAUACUAACAGCCAACAGUCUUCAGCGGCCUUUGGUCAUAAUUUUAGAUGGGCUUGAUCAAGUCAGAGAGUACAGUUCUACGAUAACGGAAUGGAUACCCACAAAGCUGCCUGAUAAUGUUAAAUUGAUUGUGUCGGUAGCUGAAGGAACGCAAAUGCACAGCGAUCUAAAAUCUCACCUGACUGAAAAGUGCUACAUCAGUAUGCCCUUAUUGGGCCAAGCUGAAGCGCAGAACAUUCUAAUGUCCAGCGCCAUCCAAUACAAUCAUAGCAUCAAUUCGAAAAUCCAAGAUUGUGUGCUGAAAUCUGUUCAACUGUGCACGGUUCCUUUGUAUUCCAAGGUUUUGGCCUGGCAAACCUCUUGGUGGGUGGACAAAGAGCUGGAGAUUAAACCGAAGGGGAAGUUGCCAGAUCAACUCCACUUCAUGCUGGAGGAGUUGGAGAGUAUAAUUGGAGCUGCUCAAGUUCAACAUGCGUUGGCCCUGAUCAGUUGCAGUAAGCAUGGAGUAACUGACUCGGAAAUGUUGGACCUUUUGGCUUUUGAUGAGAAUUUUCACAGUCGCACAACUUAUGUACCCUGGGCACCAGCUUGCUUAGCCUGGCCGAGACUCGUCAAACACUUGGCACCAUUCCUUAAUUGGUCUCUGACUGGAGGUGUUCUAGGCGUUCAAUGGAAAGACGAUAUGCUGAAGAAAGCAGUGCAUUCGCGGUACAGCAAAUUUAAGGAUUGGGCUCAUCAAACCCUAUUUGACUACUAUAAUGGAAAAUGGUGCCAAGACAAGCCCUCAGACCUCCAAGCCCGCAUAGUGACACAAGAGAACAAUCUAGGAAAAUGUUACAACAGACGGAAAUUAGACGAACUUCCCUACCACUACCACUACCUGAAGCAAAACUUAGAAUCGUCGACCUAUUUGUCUGACGUAACGUGGAUCUACGACAAACUUUAUGGCUCCAGUGUCUUCCAAAUACUCGAGGACAUCAACAUGUUAAGUGUGGUAACAAACCCUUUUGUUAAAACCUUGAAAGAGUAUCUGGAAAAUAAUGCCAGCGUCCUGAACUACGAUGGGAGACAGUUUUAUGCUCAUCUAUACAAUUUUUUGAAAAGUAAGGAACGAGGAGAAAGUGAGGACGAAUUGUUUGAGUUGUGCAAGAAUCCUCCGGUGUUGACGCUGAUCCCCUUGAAAAUAGAAGAAGUCACAAAGGAGGCAACAGAUGCUAAAGAAGUUCAGUAUCCAACCAACUUUGAUCUGCUAGUGAGAAUUCCGAAUUCUAUUARAUAUAUCGUAACAAUAUCAACAAAGGAUGAGAGAAUAUGUGUCUGGGACAUUUUAGACUGUAAACCAAUAAGAACUCUGAAUGGCAUUCCGCACCCAACCAAUCUUAUACCAAUAGAUGAAUACAAAUGUAUAGUGCUGUGUAGCAGAGAGCUGAGAAUAUACAAUUUAAACACGGGAAGCUUCGUUACGAAACUCAAAGGAGUCAUGAACCAAAAGAUGCCUUUUUACGGACUCCACGAUAGGAACCACUUAGUGGCUCUCCAUAGAAAUAGGAUGUAUAUAAAUUUAUUGAAUUUAGAAUCAGGUGACUGUGUUACGACUUUCAAAGCUGGUGAAGACCGAUUUCUCAAUUCCCUGCUGGUUUCGGGCGAUGGAAGAAUUUUGGUAUGCGGCGAUGAAACACAGAAGCCUUUUCCGCUGUUAGUAUGGAAUUUGAAAUCGAAAAAGCUACUUUAUGAUCUCAGAAUACCACACCAUGAUUUCAUAACAUCGCUGAGUGCUAUCACUUAUGAAGGUAGUUACGUUUGUUGCGUUUGUCACGAAAUCGAAGAUGAAAGUCCGAACUUUAUCGUCGUUUACGACCUGCAAAGUGGGACUCUGUUUAAAAAAUGGAAGCCAUCCUGUAACACCGUUUCAUUGGAGAUCAGUUCUCAAGGAGGUUGUGUGAUAUCUGGUCUGGAGGACGCUAGAAUUCUAGUAUGGGACUUGAUAACUGGAAAUUGUAGAUUUUCGUUGAGUGGUCAUACAGCGCCAGUUUCCAGCUUAAAAUUAGACCCCACGGGAACAAUUUGUCUUUCUACAGAUGCUGAAAGCCGAGAUCGAUCAAUUAGAUUAUGGGACCUCAAUAAAGGCACACUGUUAGCUGUUUACACCCCCAAAAGAAAAAUCAGCGCUUGCGAAGUAACAAAGAACGGUCAACACGUAAUUCUGACCCUACAAGGAUACCAAACGAUUUUCACUCUACAGUUGCGCGGACCUGGCGUUGAAGAGUGUCUAUUGGCAGAAACGUACGGCGAUGAGGAGAACAACGGCAAAAGUUGGCAGCUGACUGACGAAGUGUAAAGAAAAUAGCCGAUAAUUACAAUUAUAUUUUCCCCUCGAAAGACUUAGAGCCAUAAUACAGUAAUUACAUUUGUAAGGGUCCGAUGUGGCUGUACGAAAAUCCCCUUUAUGGUUAAACUGCGAAUUGCUCUAAAGACUGUCUCAUAAGCACGUUGGAUUUUUGAAAUAUUUCUAUGCAGUGCAUUCCAUAUGGAAACCGAGAUAAGCAGAAGACAAGAUUUGUUUGACAUUUUAAAUACCAUAUAAUUGUAAAACUAUCAAUUUUUAUUAGGUUUAGUAGUGUUUGGGACUCUAAUCUCAAUUAUUUGAGUUACUUAUCAACGUUUUCGGGUUGAUCUGACAUGCAUUGCUGAUAAUUCGACCGCAAAAUACGCCGUUUUUUCUAAAUUAAAUUUAGAUAUAGAUUAGUACCUACCUACAUCAAGUUGAAAAAUAAUGUGCAUUCCUACAAUCAGCAUUCGAAAAAUUCUCGACAAGCUCAAAUCGGAAAUAUCAACAAUAUAACUUCUAACUACCCCCAAAAUUUUUCUCAAUCAUCAACAAGAGUAUAUCGAAAAAUCGAGGCCAAGAAGAAUAAAGAAAUGGUGCCAAGUUGGAAAUUUUCAAUUCACGUUUAGUCAACAUGUACUUUCAUCAGCUAAAAGCCUUCGAGCUCCGAAUCAGGCAAUAUCUACUAUGUAAAAGUUAGAUAAUAAAAAACUCAUGCUUUUGACAAAUAUUUAUCAAUAAAAAAUGUUAGUUUUUACACGGUUUUCUCCAAAUUAUAAUGCAAGGGCAGGAAGACCGAUUUAGUCGAUAGCCUUUUUCGAAAAAAAAUUAUAAUUAACUCAGAUCUACCUGCUAGGAAUCAUGCCGCUGUUGGAUACAUGAAAGAUCGCUUUAUUAAGCACCAUAUUGACGAACUUCCAAUAACGUCGCUUUCGCCGUUUAUUAUGAACUAAUAAAAUAAUAAAUAAUCCAUAAGGACACGCAACGACAUUCCACCCAUGUCUGAUGAAGCCCGUAGGGUUCUAUGUGAAAUGUGCUGUAUAAAGAUGAAAAGGUAUAUUUUUGAAAAUAAUUCUGCUGGCCGGUGAUUUAUUUAUUAAACGCAAUUUUCAAAAUAUAAACAGUAAUAAGGAUUAUAUUUAUAACGGUUAGACAAUGUAUCAAAUGCAUUUGCAAAAUUUGGUACGCCGCUAAAUUUUCACUUUUAGAAUAUACAUUUUUUCAUUUUCUUAAUUUUGAGCUCAUCAUUAAUGAUGAUUUUUGUGUCUGUUCACUAAGCUGAACUUAUCAACAACACAUAUUGACAAUCGUUUUUAUCAAGUUUUCUGGAUGAUAUUGAGUUAAAUAAGAAAACCACAAAGUUGCUGUAAUUUAAGCUAAUCAUUUUCACCUCCGAAUAACUUUACUAAAAUCACAAACAAAACAAUAUUGAUAAUCGUCUAAAUAGAAUUAUUCAGUGAUGAAGCUUCAGCGAAGUUUACGUGUGAUAGUCAAAUCAUGUUGAAACUAUCAAAAAUUGAAAAAUCAAAAAUCAAAAAUUGAAAAUUGAAGUUGAAACUAUAUAAAUMAGMUAUUUGCAUCGGUAUAUCCAAAAUAUUUUAUUUUCARAAYUAUYACUUGGCAAACAUUUGAAAACUGMCCUAAAUUUAAUUCAAAUAUUUUAAUAUUUUACUSAAGCUUUAAUGAAGGAUUAGUAAGUGUGCUAAAUUUAAGCGUUAGGCAAAAYUSUGAGCUYUUGUGAGUCUAA